CGCCGCUCGAGAUUUUGAUUGCUUUGCUACUACAUAGAGGCAGAGAUUGACUUGAUCUACACAUAUUCCCGACCGCUUGUCUGUUUAGACUUAGAGUACGCAUCCUUCUUUUCCUGCUCGAUCUUCCAAGGAUUCCUUCAACGUGGCAAUGAAAGAGCCUCCGAAUUGGGUCCAACUCAAGGAGCACCUUGACUCCAAAUACUACAUCCACGCAAGCGAUGGAGGCAAGCGGUUCAUGUGGAUUGUAGUCGGAAUUUACCCUAUUGUGACAGGUCUGCACAUAGCUGGCGCACUCAAGCGAAUCCAACGAUCCGGCUUUUGGUUCGCUCGGCUUGAUUCGGAGGGUUAUAUCAACGAAAAUCGCCAUGUGGUGGUUCACUUCCUGUCUGCUUUCAAGACCAUCGUUGCCUUGAUCGCUCUGGUCUUCAUGCAGCACGACAUUCGCACCCAUAUUCAUGCUUAUUGCGUAAUCAUGCAAGCUGUGGGCAUAGUUGUGAUGUACAUUAACAAUUGGCACCGAACAUGGACUUCGAUUUACUCCAUGCCUCCGACGAGCUUAUACCUGAAGUUGAACCAAAGACGAGGGAAACACGUGUUCAACCAGAGUGAUCGGGCUUUUCCUCCUUGGCUAUUCAACUUGGGCCUUGUCGGUGGAUCUCUAUACGGAAUACUUCUCACGAUACCCACUGUUAUUAUAAUGUGUAUUUCGAUCAAUCGCGCCAACUCUCUUUACGUCGUUCUUUCCAAUCUUCUGGAUGAUAACAUUGCCCUUUCUCAAGAUCCAACACCAGAAUCCAAGAUCCUCAUGAUGCAAAAUGCUGCUGCCGUACUCAGCGGCGUCGAGCGUUUGACCUACGAAUCCAUGCGUAUUUAUCGGGCGUUUGAGAUUCAACUUACCGGUUUGGUCGUCGGAGCUCUCAUCAGCCUUGCUCUUUAUUGGUGGUCACUGCAUGCAAUCAUGCGCUGUUUGAACGCACAACUGACAACUUUUCGCCGAUGUCUCCAAAACCGCGACGACGCUAUACAGCUGGGGAUGAUCUCGAGGUGCCAAGGCGCGACUUUGCUCAAUAGAACAAACGAAGAUUUACCGGAAGUGAAAACCAAGGAGCUAGACCACAAGCAAGCACCCUUAUCCGGUGGCGCGAGCCAAGUAAGCCGAGCUAGCGGCUAUAAUUGGAAAUCGUGGUUUCCGAGCUUGAAGAGUGAUAACAUUGUCGUAGAUCAUGCACUAUGGAAAUCUAACUUCAUGCGUCCAAUCAAAGCCGAGGGAAUGAGCUACAAGGCUCGCCUACGUGCUGAAUUUUCGGUACUUCAGCGUUGCAAGACUAAUCUCGUCUGGCAAGCCGUAUUCAUAUCGAUGUUGUGUUUUUCUUACGCUGCCAUGGCAAUUACACUAGUGGCAAAUGCUUUUGGUGUACCGGACCGAACGAGUAUUCCACAACUGGGAUACUUUAUUAUACUAUGGUCUAAUACGAUUUGGGUGGUGGCUGGGACUGCGGUAGCCGUUCUUUCAGCUCGCAAUGCAUUUAUAGGGUCGCAGGAUUCUAUGAGCCAACAGGUUUCCACUGACGUCGAAUGUCAAGGAACCAAGUCUUUUGAUUAUUAAUUUGAGAUCUACGCCUCCAUUCAAAAAUUAGACACGAUAUAUCUUUGCUUCUGUAAUCUUCUUCCUUUCUGUUUAUAUUAUUUCCCCUUCCCUUGACUACAUCCUUUCUUGUUUAUAUUAUUGCGUCUUCCCUGGACUAAAAUUUCAACUAUAACCUUACUUGCAUCGUCCUUUCUAUUCUGUUUUCUCCCAAUUGUAGAAUGAGUGAAUUGAUAAUGGCAUCUUAGCACUUUCCACUUUCAAAUUCAGAGUUGUUUUGUUAUCCAUUUUUUACUCGUUGUUGACUCUCACUCAAAACUGACCUGUGGCCAAAAAAUAUCAAGCCAUGUUUCGAAGUUGG